AUGUCCGUUUGUACAACUUUGAAAAACAGAGAGGACUGUCGACCGGAGUCGGAGCGGGCGACGGAGGCGCGUAAAAUUCGAGUGACAAGCCAUCCUUUCAGUGUUGAGUCUCUUAUGUCUGGUCAUAAAACCGAAGAGUUCAAAAGAAGUUCCGAGGAUGUAUCGUGGAGUGCAUACACUAAAACUCCAAAUUCCCCAACCGGUAGCAGGGAUACUUGUAGUCCAGAGGGACUCCGAAAGGACUUAAUUUCAGCGUCACCUGUCAAAUCUGAGUCCCCAGAGGCGGAGGACUGUACAACUUGGGUUAUGAACUCUAGAUUUUCUCAACCACGGCAGGUGAGUCCAGCGGCGUGUCCUCUACGCAAACACAAAACCAACCGUAAACCCAGAACACCCUUCACCACCACCCAGCUCUUGGCGCUGGAGCGGAAGUUCCGUCAGAAGCAGUACCUGUCCAUCGCGGAGCGGGCCGAGUUCUCCAGCUCGCUGACUCUUACCGAGACCCAGGUGAAGAUCUGGUUUCAGAACCGACGCGCCAAAGCCAAACGCCUGCAGGAAGCGGAGCUGGAGAAGCUUAAAAUGGCAGCCAAGCCCCCUCUGCACCCGGGGGCACUGUCGCUACCCGUGCCCCUGGCGGCCCACCUCCAUUCCGCCGCCGCUCUGUACGGACAAUCCUACCAUCCUUACCAACGACCUCUGAUGCCCGUGGCGCCCCUAGGACUGUACAGCUCACCGCUGGGCUACAAUAUGUACCACCUGUCAUGA